UAAUAACACUAGCGUCUUGAUUGAAGUUUAGCUGCUCUCGCCGGCGAAUGGGAGGUGGAGGCGAGGGAAGAGGGAGGUGUGGAAGAGGAGUUGUAAAGGAAGGGCGAUAAGCGGUUCCGAUGAGAGCGGAGAGCAACAGAGACAAGAGACGGAGAUGGGAAGAGGGAAAUAGAGAGAGGGAGUUAGAGCAGUGAGAGGGAGUGGGAGGAAGAAAGAGCGAGGAUAGGAGGCAGCGCAGUGCAGUGCGGGAGGAGAGCGGGAGGGAGAGAGAGAGAGAGCGAGCGAGCGAGAGAGAUAUGUAGAGACAGGAAGCCUCUAUCGCCACUGAGCCAGUGAGACGCAGGCAGGCACAGAGCGAAGACGGUGGGAGAGCGAGCGAGCGAGAGAGAGAGAGAGAGAGAGGCCCUCAGCAUCUCCAAGACCGGCCCGAUGAGGGGGUGAUGGGCUCGAGAGCAACACAGCCAAGGAGGCGGUAGGAGGAGAGGCGGGAGCACGGGGGGAAACGGCCGGCCGACAACGCCGGGAAGAGCUUCCGACGGGAAAAGGGGGGGCGGGUGGGUGGGAUCUGGCCCCGAGGAGGGAACAGGCGGAUAAAAGUUUUGAAGACGAGGAAGCAGGGAGGAAGUGGACGAGGGACUGAAGACGGGCGGAGAUAGAGUUUGUGUUGAUGGCAAAGACAGGAGGAGAUUCAUGGAAAAAGAGGAGGAAGCUCUCCGUGUCUCUCCUGCUUCUCGUUCCAUCCGCGAGGCGGCCGCACGCCGCCCGUCACCAUGUUCUCCGACAGCAGGACCUCGGCGCCCGGGGAGCAGAGGGGCUUCAAGCCGCACGCCCCCCACUUCAUCCCAUGGCUGCGUAACAGCCUGAAGCCGCAGCACAGCGGUGACCUGGGCUUCAGUGGACCGUACAAACCCAGCGCGGAGGCCCGCACCAGCGCGGCGCCCCUGGAGCGAGCAAAGGGGAUCGGACUCUUCUCCAUCCAGGCCAGGGGCCGGGCCAAGAAGGGAGACCUCCGGUGUAAUGGCGUGGGCGUGGGCGUGGGCGUGGGCGUGGGGAGGAUGCUGCCGGUGGUGCUGCGGGGGCAUCACAUGCUGCCAGGGAGCCUGGGCAAGCGCAGGGAGGACGGUGCUGCCCGGUGGAGUCAGCCUGCAGAACUGGACCCGGACCCCAGCCUGCAGACCGGCCAAGCGGAGGGUCCGGUCAGCGGCUCAGCCUCCACGCCGGACCAGCGCGGUUCUGCUAGGACCAGCCGCCUGAGCCUGCCUCAGUCCCAGCAGGACGGCACCGGCACCCACGCGAGGGCGUACGGGCCCCUGGCGGGCCCCUGCCUCGCUCCGCUUCCUGCGCUGUUCUGCGAGGAGCCCAAGUGUGAGCUGCCCGUAGUGGUGUGCGUGGAGGACGGGAGGGGGAAGGUGUGGGACUGCAGCGGCCGCGCCACCUACGGACCGAGAGGCCUCCACUCGUCCGCGUGGCUCAGCUCAGACUCCCGGGGACUAAUCGAGCGGCAGCGGGGGCUCGGCUCCAGCUUUGACUACAUGAAACAACAGAGCCAGCGAGCGCUGACGGCGCCGAGGGAGCCACCUGUGGAGGGCGUGAACGGAGCCCUCGUCUCCACAGAGGACCCCCACAGAGACUACACGACCCUGCGAGGGCCCAGGGCAGCCCGGCCCGGUUCAGAGCGCGUCGCCGUCCUGGGCCAGAACCAAACGUGGCUCCAGCACCGGCCCAGGAGCGAUGGGGAGUCGCAGAGGAGGAAGGACGGCGGCUGCAGCAUGAAGGUGGUCCGCAACCAGAUCAAGUGCGUGGUGGACAACCUGGAGCAGGUCCUGACGGCGCUGAGGGACGUGCAGCAGGAAAUGAAGGAGGUGGUGGGGCAGAUUGACUACCUGACGUCAUCCAUCGAUCUGAACGAGGAGGAGUGGGCGACCAUGGAUGACGGCGACAGCAGCUCCUGCUCGGGCUCCAGCUCCGGCUCCAGCUCCAGCAGGGUGACGGUGGGCAGCGCCCCCCACGUGCCCCCGGAGCCCCCGCGCUCACCCGCCACCACCAGGAGGGAUCAUCCCCUAUCAUCCCACCCCUCAGAGAGGAGCCGGGCUCUCCAGGUCACCUGUAGGUCCGGCUCUGCCUCUAGGCAAGGUGGACCGCACCACAACAAUCUCCCUUUAUUCAACCCCAUUCAACUUCAGAGCCUCGCCCCCCAUGACUGCACUUUGUCUGGACAAAGACUCCCCCCCGGUCGACCUCCCACUCCGGGUCUCUCCCCUCUAACGGUGAACCUCCAUCCGCCCAGCAGCCCUGGUUCUCAGCCUCGCUCCCCUGUGGCGUCCCCCUCCAUCAGGGUCAGCCCCGCUUCCUCUCCCCCCCGUCUGUCCACAAAGCCCCACCCGCCUCCCGUCCUUAGCCCUUCUGUCAUCAUAGAGACCAAAGCUGGGUUUUACCAGACCCCCCAGCGCGACCACCCAUCUGCCGGGCCACUCUCUCCAUCCUCGGCGCCGUCUGCCGGCCGCCCACCCGCCGGCGCCGACGCUCCGACCGCGCCCGACACCGACGCUCACGGAGCUCCACAACGGGCGCCCGCGGCACCGCCCGCCUCGCAGGGCCGCCGAGGUCGCAAGCCGCCGCCGUACCCCCACCACCGACUGCUGGAGCCCGCGAAGAAAGCACAGGAGCCCCGCGAAGCCCCUCCGUACCCAGAGAAGAGAAGGCUGCUCUCAACCACGGUGUGAGACGAUGAGGCGGGAGGAGGAGGCCAUAUUCACAGCACCAGCCGCAGGUCUGCGAGAGUAGAGAGUGGGUCAGCGCCCGCUGAGACCAGGUGGCGCCGGGACGGAGAGGCCACUCGGGGUCAGAAUCUGGAUGUGGAUGUGUUCAUUUCCUGGUGUGAUUUCAAGGGGAGCCUCGGUGGGGACACAUCACUCUGCUGAGCAUUUGCACAACUCCAGACGGUCAGACAGACAAGACAAACCAAACAAGAACUCAUCCUCCAGACACUUGUGCAGAUCUAAGAGGGCUGGAUCGAUGCAAGGAAGAUAAAGGCAAUCCUGCCCGCUUCACGGGAGCAGAGAGGGACCUAUGAUAAUGACGUCCCUCUGAACCUGCUCCAUAUCCCCCCAUGAUCCACGCCAGAGGAUGAAAGCAGAGACCAGCUCAAGAAUGUUACUGCCACUCCCAGCUAAACGGGUGCAAAGUAGCUGUUUGCAGCCCAUUCACUACAUCUUAAACGAUGGACAGUGCAGCGACAGCUUAGCUCAGGUCAUUCCCACAGAAGCCCCCAAACGUCCCAGCGAUUGUUUUAUCUUAGCCUCUGAGCCGACACGAUGAUUGGAUUUGUUUUUAUGAGGUAGAACCACUGUCAUCUUCCAGGAUCCAUACUUUUUACAGUACCGUUACAUUUACACUCUUUAUAGCCUAACACAAUAAAGUGGGUUUAAUCAGAUUAUCCUGUAGAUCUUUCUCCUAAUAGCACCAUUGCUUGUGGCCAAGAAGAGCGCAAAAUAAAAAUUCCAAAAAUACAGAAACCGUUGUAUUAAUUCGGAUCAGAUGGGGAUCUUACAGUUAUGUGGAAUACGUGAAGAUAAACAGACGAGGAGAUAAAGGCAGAGACUGAGGCGCUUGUCUGCACAGCAGCUCAGAACAGAGCGACAGUGAGAGCGAUGUAAUAGUUCGUGUGUGUGCGUGCAACGACGAUAUUGGGGAUUACUCAGUUUCCUCUGAGGAUUACACAAGAUGGAGAAAUCCCUUCCUACUCUAAACAUGUUAUCUAUACUCUACACCAAUCCUUUAUACAUUCAAAUACAUCCCCUGUGAAUCAGAAAUGAUUUAUUCUCAGUAAAUCUGCUCUAGUCUCAGAGAAUAAGAAACAACUAUGAAAUCAUUUUACCUUGGGGCAGAAUUUUAAUUGUGACAUUUUAUUAAGAAUCUGGAUACUUUACAGUUUAAUUCUUUUUGGCCCAAGUAGUAGAAAUUCACUGCAGUAACAAAGUAGUAGAUAAUGAAUUUACUGAAGUAUCUGCAUCCGUACUUCAUCGACCGUGCUGAACCCCAGAGGUCCGGCUCAGAUCUCACCAGGUUGCUCCGAAAGGUCAUGGCAGAACCAACGGCGUCAGACUUCAUACGAGCUACAGCUCGUUGUGGCGCGUCCGUCCGAUGACGGUCAGCUUGGAGAGCUGCGCUUUGAACGUUCCCUCCAUGUGGGUCACUAGAAACGAGGGCGUGGAGAAGAUUACACUCGCUGAUUUAUUAAAAACACGAACAACGCGGCGGGGAGAGGGGGGUGGGGGGGGGGCAAAGCACCUGAAAGCAGCCAGCAUCAUCCUACCGCAGAGCUGCAGAGGCAGCAGAUUCAGACCUGCAGGACCGGGUCCAGCUCACGCUGAACACCGGCAAGUAGAGCAACAGCAGCAGAAAAAGCAGCUAGGACUUAUGUCAUCUACAGGCAACAGGUGCUACGGCGGCAUCAGUUUUCUCAUUAGCAGAUGUUUGUGGGUUUACUCGGCCUGAAAAAUGUAAUAGUUGUGUUCACUAGAGCAGAUAUUCUGCUGAAUAAGGAGUGAGCUCAAAGUGACCAAAGGGAGCCCUUAUCAAACAAACAUGCACCAAUGAUCCUGACGGUUCAGCUUUAUUUCAGCACCUGUCACAGUCUUAAAAGACGCAAACCUACUGCGACGUAUGAUUAUAACUAAUACAGUAGUUCUCUCUUCCAGAGAGGUACGUUUGGGAUAGAUGCUGUGUGAAGUCUGCAAGCUUCUGCGCUACGGAGUCUAAUCAGCUGAAAAUAGCAGUUACAGUAAAUUGCUGUUCGGUGAGACUUGUCAAAUCCUGCUAAUCACAGUCUGGAACUACCGCCACAGUGGGGAUUCGCUCAGAAACUGUUGAACAACAAAUAAAAUGCUACAGGGACAAAUGGCAGCCCACUGAAGCCGGAGCAUAUGCUUUAGGGGAGGAAUCAGCGGGGAGGUCUCAACGUGCCGGUGAGAGGGAGGGAGGCAGAUUGACGUGACAAGCAGGGGGAGUUGAUUGAAUACUUGGAAACGCGGGUUCCUCACCUGUUGCGUCUCUGACGGUGAAUUCCUCCGGCUUCAGAGGCACGUCGCUCUGUCCUGCUGCCGCUGUCUGCGACUGGAGACAAGCACAGCAGCGGCGACGGUGAGGAGAGGAGGGGAGGGAAAGAAACGAGGAGAAAGGAGACAGAAAUGAGAGAAACAGGAUGAGAGGCGGCACAAGAGAGGACAGUUUUUCUCUCUCUCUCUUUUUUUUUUUUUUAA